ACUCUUCGAAUUGCUGUCGGAGUGUCAAGUGUGCUGAUGUUUGGAUACUUUUGUCUUUGCUACUGAUUUCUACGGAUCGUUAAGUAUCAUUAUGAGAAUUUGGACAAGUGAACAUGUUUUUAAUCACCCGUGGGAAACAGUAGCCACGGCAGCUUGGAGGAAAUAUCCAAAUCCACACAAUACAGCAGUUAUUGGUACUGAUGUUGUAGAAAGGAGGGUUGUAGACGGCGUAUUACACACGCAUAGGUUAGUUAGUUCCAAAUGGACGCUUCCUAGGUGGGCCUCCAAAUUAAUAGGCUCCCCAUCUGUGUGUUAUGCUAGUGAAAAAUCAGAAGUGAAUCCAUCAACAAAGCAGAUGGUUUUAAAAACAAACAACUUAACAUUUUGCCGAUUCAUCGCAGUGGAUGAAACAUUAUUGUACACCCCUCACCCUACAGACCCCAACAAAACACUUCUCAAACAAGAGGCUGUGGUUACUGUACAGGGUGUUCCACUGAAUAGUUAUAUGGAAGAUGCAUUAACAAAUAAAAUAUCAGUUAAUGCAGGUAAAGGAAGACAGGCAAUGGAAUGGGUUAUUAGUAAGCUAAACAGUGAGGUGCAAGAGCUGAAGAAUUCUGCUGUAAAAAGUACUGAUGAAAUUCUCAAUCAGACUAUGAAAUCAUUUGAUGAUAUAUCAUCAAAAGCCAAGAAGAGUUUUGAUGAUAUACAGAACUUACGGUCUAGUCAGUCAAUUCCAGAUUUUUAGUUUUUAUAUGUGCAUUCCAUUAUUAAAACAAAGUGUGUUAAAAUUAACUCAUUAUUUCAUAUUUUUCUCAUAAGAAAGUAAAUGCUUAAUAGAAAUUCCACAAUUCCUGACUUGUAAAGCCAAAUUAGCUAAUUUUAUUUAUUAAUUCAUAUGAAGAUUAGUAUUAAAAGUGUUCCCAGUUUGUGCUAAAUAUAUCAUUCUAGUUUUA